AUGACGUCUUCUGACACCAGCAGGGGGCGCUCGUCAGUAGGAUCGGCCAAAUCAGUCACAAGAUGUGAAGUACAACAAAAAAAAAACAUUGAGAGCGUCUCUUCCAUUCAGAGCAGCAGCUUCAUCUUCAGGGGGAAUUUCAACUCUACAACGAUGACUGAAUCACUUGUGGUGUGUGAUGUGGAUAAGGAUCUGGUGAAAAAGCUGAGGGACUUCCGCUUCCGGAAGGAGACCAAUAACGCGGCCAUCGUCAUGAAAAUUGAUAAAGACAAGCAGCUCGUUAUUCUUGACGAAGAGCAUGAGGACAUCUCUCCCGAUGAUCUGAAGGACGAACUGCCUGAGAGGCAGCCAAGAUUUGUCGUCUACAGUUACAAGUACCAACACACUGACGGACGCGUGUCUUAUCCUCUCUGCUUCAUCUUCUCCAGUCCAGUGGGUUGCCAACCAGAGCAGCAGAUGAUGUACGCGGGGAGCAAAAACAAACUGGUCCAAACGGUUGAGCUGACCAAGGUGUUUGAGAUCAGAAACACAGAGGACCUAACGGAGGAAUGGCUCCGGGAGAAACUUGGCUUCUUCGGCUAAAGUCUUCUCCUCCUCAUCCAGAGGUCUGGGACGGGAGGAGGAUCGCACAAAAACACACCACAGUUAAUGUUUCGCUCCUCUUUGUACGAGACCCGAUUUAAAUAGUGUUUGCAAAUGACUCCCUGUUCUCAGUUUUAGGCGUCUUUGUCGGAGUUUAACGGUGUAUUGCAAUUCAGUUUGUCUGAAGCUUCAGAUAAUCACAGGAGUUUGAAAAACCUUUUUCUCAGACCGCCAACAUCCGUGGCACUGACUCUAAACUUCACCCAUGUGGCCGCCUAAAACUGAAAAUACUUCACGCGGUGCCAUUAAAUACGCACAUAUAGAUUUCGAUCCAGAAAUUACAUUUAUUAUUACGAAAAACAGAAUAACAGCAGAAGUCCAUUUCGUGGGUUGGUCCUCUGAUGAUUUGGCCACGUGUGUCCUGUGCCAUGUGCAUCACAACAAGCAACACAGCGUCUAAACGAUAUCAGACAGGAAGUUCUUGCCUGUGGGAUCCUGUCCCUGUUCACCAGCUGUUCUCCAGCUGUGCUGUCUGUGACUGUCCUGAUCCAGCGACUCUCUCUCUCUCUCUCUCUCUCUCUCUCUCUCUCUCUCUCUCUCUCUCUCUCUCUCUCUCUCUCUCUCGCUCACGCAAAGCUCCCUAUUUGGCUGUGAUGUCGCAUCCAUCCGACCGCCUGUAAAAGGCCCACAGCACAUUUCUUUUUGUCGGAUUGAAAGAAGCGGUGUAUUGCAUUCGUCAACUUCACUUUUUUGCGGAUUGACAUAAUUGCUUUGAAUAUGCGAGGAGCCACACCCAAAAUUUUAAACUCUUGCAUCAGGACUGGUCCCCGAUUCCCGUUAAAAAGGGUACAAUCGGUCUUAUCUAAAAAUGUGAGUCGCCAAAACAAUAACGUGAGGAAUGAUUACCCCCCCCCCCCCCCCCCCCCCCCCAAAUGUGCUUGAACAAAGAGUUUUUUUCAAAGUGACUCAUCAGAAAUUACCUGUGCGUUUUUAAUGGCGGCGAGUAUAUUGGACGCUGGUCUGCUUCUGUCUCCCGCACAAUCUAUCCACGUGCCAGUCGUGUGUCUGUGUCGAAUUAACACAGAAAGUGAUCGUACUCUUCCUCAGCUGAGGUGUUAAUUCAAGACAGUUUAAAAGGCAUUUUUUUAACCAUGGUUUCUGUUUCCUUCAGUAGUUCACACUGUAACCUUCUGAAUUUCACCUUUUUUAUGUUUCCUUUUGUUGUAAAAAACAAAACAAAAAACUUCCUGCCAGAACAUUUGAACAAUCACAGUGACAACACAGAGAACAAACUGCUGUUGUCGGUCUUCUCCUUCCGUAUUCAUUCAAGGGCAUUUAAAUUAUGAUUUCACAACAAUCUCUCCAGUCUGCAAAAAGACAAUAAACACUAUGACUAUUUGACAAGAGACACUCCUGAGACGCUGACGCUUUAUAUAUGUAUGAUGUGUUGUACCUGAACAAGCUGACAGAGGCCCUGAAGUGAUGUGGCGCUCAUCACGCCGUGAGUCCGUCAUCACAUCGUUUUCAUCUGUGUUCGGUGAAUCAAAAAGAAGAAGAAGAAGAAAAAAAAAAAACAGUUUUCUACCGUUGUCCUCCAUAUUCGUCACAACCACAUCACACUCCAGGGAACAAUAUUUCCUCUGAAACAUUCCAGACAAGGAACCUCUCGUGACCACAACAGUCUUGACAAACGCUGCACACGAGGCAACGUGGCCUCUUCUUAAUCGUACUGGGCUUUCUCUGUACACGUGGGUUAAACUGUGUCUUUUAGGGAGAUUGUUCGCUAACAUUGUGCAAUUAGAGCUAUUACUGUUAUCUGUGUUUAUGAAUGUUGUUCUUGACUCUGAUGUUAAAGCCACUUUGAUCGCCUCGUGGCUGGUCACAGCUUUGAGAAUGAUGGAUGUGACUUUCUCCAAACGCCCGUUGUGCUUAAGAUUUGGACUCGGUAGGUAGAAGACGGCGUCUGGUCAAUUUACAUUUUACCGUACAGAACAGGGUUUGACCAAUAUAUUGACAUUUGUGAAUUGAAUGUGCCGGAGCAGCUCAUAUUUUGUGCUCAUCGCUCUAAAUUCUCAAGUGAAAGUAUGUGUGUGUUGUAAUUAAACACGGACAAGAGCUUAAAAUGUCACAUUUUUCAUAAUCAAUGUGCUGGAGUACACAGUUAAAACAACAAAACUCUGUCUACUCUGCACACUUAUGAACUCUAAUGUUUUUUAUUUGCUAUUUUUAAGUUCUUCCCUGUUUCCCGCUGGAAAACUUCUAAAAAUGCAUUCAGACCAGUGCAGCACACGAAAAACCUUAAAACAUAAUUGACUAAUACUUUUGCCGCUUUAAAAGCUAAAAGAAGACAUCUGAAUGCUACUGAACCAGUGAGGGAGACUUAAUACUUGACAAGGAGAUAUUAGCAGAUUAAUGCAGUAUAUUGGUCUGACCCUAAUAAAGAACGAAUGGGCACAAAUGAUUUCCACACAUUCCCUCGUCAGUGUCGUGUCUUAUUGAGAAACCAAACGGAUACUGAAGGGUUGUGCGCAUAGCUUAUGACGACACUGCUAAGUCGACCAUACCGGUGCCUCGUCUGACUUUUUUUGAGGGUCAUAAUUAUGUCUGUUUUGAUUUCAUCAGAAAAAUCAAUGAUGAUUGAUUAAACUUUUUUUUUCUUCAACCCUUUUUUUUUUUUACUCCGAGAGCCAUCUUUUUUUUCUGUCAAAGUAGAAUCCGGGUUUUUAAGAUAUUAUAGAAAGAUUGUAUUUCUAAAGAUCUGACUCUUGAUGUAUACGCACAAUUACACCGUUUCAUUUAAAUCACAUUGCUAUGUCAGAUGAUAAUCAUAUAUGAUUUACGUGUCAGGCAAGGUUUGAUCUAACAGGAACAAUGGGAUAUAACUGUAAUCACUGGUUUCACUGUCUACAAAUAAUGUCAGCUUGAUAUCUUGCUGCUGUAGCAGAAAUAAAACAACGUGGCUAAUUAUUAUUAUUAUCUGUAGUGGUAUCUGUCCAUACUUGAGCUGAUGCUUUGCUUUAAGGAUAAAGGAAGAUUUAUGGACCUAAACCCUUUGGGGAUUUUUAAAAAGCUCACAGCCGACCUACACCAAGCUGAAGUGUAAGGACUGUUUUGUUUUUUUGACAAAACGCAAUACGGGCAAUAUCACUUGAAAUGUGUGCAAUGUGCUGCUUGUCGAUGUGAAACGUACUCAAAAACGUGUUUAGCUGUUUUCUCUUUGUCUGGGAAAUUCUGAAAACCUCUAAAAAUGUGGAGAGCUACUGUAUAAGAAGUGCAUGCUUAUAAAUGUGUGUCUGAACAGUUUGCAUACGUCCGACACAAGUUUCCUCAUGACAUGUUCAUAUGAUUUGCGUUCUUUCAGAGUAGGGAAUCUAUCUUAACUUGUUAAGUUAAUUUGACUGGAACAGUUGCAUCUCAAACAUCUGGUCUCAGCGUCAUUCUUACUCUUUAUCUAAAAUAUUUACAGACCAACAACUCUCUUCUUUUUUAUAUUUUCAUGGAACUUGGAUGUAACUGCUGAAUCAAAAUAUACAAUUUCCCCAGUACAAGGAUUAUUGUAAAAAAAAGGGUUCCUUUUGAUUUUGAGCCAUGUAGCAGGUUUUGUCCUUAGGAUCUAAUAAAUUUCCCUCCUACGCUUUGAGCCCGUUAUAAAUACAUUUUACUUCUUGAGUCUUUUUCGGUAAAACUGCAAAUGUGUUGUUCAGCUUUUGAUGUCCUCUCUGAACAAAUGCCUAUACUGCUCUGCUUCUUUCCUUUUUAAUAAAAACAUGCCCGAACCAUGUAUCAUAAUCAGCUGCCUCAUGGCAUCGGUGAAAGUUGAGAUAUUUGUAUUUUUCCCAUACUUUAUAAAAGUGUCCGUUGUCCCAUUGUCCAAAUAAAAUGACAGUGAUGUUUA